UGUGAAGCAUCUGCAGCAAAAAAUUAAAGAAAGACAAAUUACUGUGGACGCAGAUGUAGAUUCAUCCAAUUGCCUAGCAACGGAUGAAGAUGCAGAGAAUUUAAUUGGUCGUUUCCGAGGAAACCUGAUCAUUGAUGGAGAAAAAGCCUAUGAGGAAGAUAAUUGGAGCACAUUGAGAAUUGGAGAUCUGCUUUUGAAGUCUGGUGGUCCUUGUAGUCGAUGUCAAAUGGUGUGUAUAAAUCAAAUGACUGCAGAACGAAGUAAAGAACCAUUAACAACAUUAGCAACAUACAGAAACAGAAAGGUUCCAUUUGGAAUCCAUCUUUUCCAUGAUAGAGAAUAUUCUGGCACAACAUGGAUACAAAUUGGAGAUGCAGUUACUCCAUUGGGAUGAGACAGAGAAACACUCAAGGAUGUGAAGAGAAAUUCAAUUUGUACAGUUCAGAAAGUACACUUAUUUAUAUGUAACUAAUAUAAUUCAUUAUGUCAUACUUCAUCAGCUGGUCAAUGUGCAAAUAUUUGAAAAUGAACUAAAAUGGUGGACAUUAGGAUAUACAGACAAAGUCACUUUACUAAAAAAGAGUAAACAAUUAGCAUAUUCACAGCCUUUU